UCCUAAUCCUUUUCUUUUUGGGGUUUUUUGCUGUUCCUUUUCAUUAUACCACACAUGGCUUCAUUUUUCUAUUGAUGGGCGGCCUUCUGCUUUGACAUUGCAUCUUUCAUGCCGAAUGCAACAAUAUUCAUCUAUCUGCGGCUUUGCAAAUACUGUUGAGGCUCUGAAAAAUUUCAUUGACGAUACACCGCGCGAGGGCAACCUCAAAUAUCCGGUCUUACAGGGAAGGGAACUCAGGUGCUUGGUCCCGUUAGCAAGGACAUGUGGUGUUGAUUGGAGUGUUUCCUUGAAAAUGACUGGGGUUUUGGGAUGUUUCAUUAUUUGCCUUUUUCAUAAACUGUUCUCGAACGAGCAGAUCCAGAACAUACCCGCUCGCGCGGAUUCUCUGCAUAUUUUUUUCUUGUCUGCCAUGAUUUAUUCCCUGUCCCUUGAGACUACUGAAUUUUCCUUGUGCAUUGACCCCAUGUUCAUUGUUAGGGCUUCGAGCCGGGGUCCAGUCACUGGCAAACAACAUGAAGGACCCGUGAUCAUACGGUUUCUAGCCUGUUACAUUUUUCCUUUUUUUCCCUGCCCUUGCUUUAGUUUAUCUUUCCUCACCGCAUUCUGCGCCGUUUCCCACCACUUAAUAUCCCCCCCGGUCCUUUAUGCGCUGUCCCUGGGCAGGCGAGCAGCGAGCGACCCUGAUUCGACAGAUAAGGUACCCAUGGACCCUGUCAGUGUCCAGUGUCGUUCACAACCGGGAUCCCGCUGGCACGCCUGCUUCGGGACCCCAUCGCCAUUCGUUAACCGUUCUGCAGGUUUGCCUCGUUUCCUCUCUUUUGACGUCGCCCCAGGUAGGCUGGCAGUUUGGUACCGCCUAGGUACUUGAACGACCCGGCCUUCCUGUACUUAAUAUGCUUGUAACUAUUACGUAUCAUGCUGUCUACUUGCUUGGUGAAUCCUGGAUCUUCCCGACUCCUAUGUCGGCUUGAUGCCUAUUGGCUCGUGGUGUAUUAUCUGAUGUCUGGCUUUUUGUCAUUGGUGGGGACGGGCAGAGCGAAGACUCUGGGGAAUGCAGGCGUGUUCGACUUUGGGAAAUGCUUACUUCGACUUUUGGUCUGAGUUUUUGGUGUCGCCACGCCUCAUGAGCAGAAGCCACCGGGCAGUGGUCCGUGGAGACGGUUAGUGCUCGGUUACGGGCGU